UCAAUCGCGAACCCGUAUUCGGUCCGUGCGGGUCAAAGUGUUGUGCUGCAGUUUCGUGUGCAGUUUGAUUGAUAUUAACCAUAAAAACGGGGUCCAGUUUCGGGCAGACUAGUGGUGUGCUGGGUAUCCGACCGUUCUGUCGGCUCCGUAUCGAGGUCGUUAAGGCAAGUGUCACGCGUCGGUGAAUUGUCGUAGGUUGCAGAGGACACUUUGAAACUAGGCCGUCGCGGAGUGCAUCUUUCGCAUCGGUACAUCGGAACUAAUUUGAGAGGAUACAAGGGACCAAGCAACGACGAUGGCGCAACCGUUGGUAAACUCAUGCUGCCGGUGCUACUCGCUGCGGAAUGGGUCGAUAACUUCCGGCGUGCUCGGCAUCAUUCUUUCGAUCAUUUCGAUCAUUCUGAUCUUCACCGUGAGAAUCGACUUCAAAACAAUCCUGAUGGACUGGCUGCCACAGAACGUGGUCAAAAUAAUCUACGCGCUGAAUCUGGUCAUGACCAUACUGAUCUCGCUGCUGAUGAUAUUGGGAGUCGUAAAGAAAAACCACAUUUUCAUGAUGCCUUGGGUGGUGCUGGGAUUAAUGCUCGCGAUUGGCCUGCUGAUUAGCGUUAUCUAUAAUGCGGUGGUGUAUUUCAUCGACGGUUAUGUGCUUGGAGGAACGCUCUGGAUCGUGAUAGGACUGAUAUCCGUCGUGGUUUACGUGUACAUGUGGAUCGUCGUGUACAGUUACUUCACCACUCUGAAGAACGAGAACGACCGGGGACGAUACUCUAAGCAACCGUAUCGGCGAUAGGCGAGCGAUGGUUCGCUGGCGCCGUCAACGGAACCUGCCAUUCUUACAAAUAUUGAUAUUCUUAACCAUUAUUACUGUUGCAGCCGUUAGUCGUUACUGUACAUACUAAUUUGUGAGCGAAUCGAAUCUUUGAUAAGAGAAACUUGAUGCAGAGAAUAUUUGUUGUAGUUGAACACAUGAUUUAUACUCAGAACUAACUUAGCUUCGUGUAGCAGUUCUUUUUGGACUUACCUAUUAAAGAUGGCUAAUGAUUUUCACUGACU